GCAUAUUAUUUGAGUGUGAAAAAAUAAAACAAGAGAGAAAAGAGAAAAAAAAUACAAAAGAAGAGAGAAGAAUAUACAAAAAGAAGAGAUUACAGUUAAUUCUAUUAGGGUCCGUGGUUUUUUCUUCUGACAAAGCCUCACAUCUAGUCGGACCCACGGGGCUUAUGGCAUCACACUUUGGUGGGGUGCUGAAAAAACUUGAGAUGGGGGUUAAUUAUAUCGACUAUGUGUGGGAUGAAGCAGAGAAAAAGCAGUACCAAAACCCAUCCGUGAAAGAGUGGCUUGAUGAACUUAAACAGUUUGCUUAUGAGACAGACCAACUGUUAGAUGAGAUUGCUACUGAUGCUACGCUGAAGAAGCUCAAGGCUAAAUCUCAUCCAACUACCAGCAAGGUACGAGGCUUCUUUUCAGCCUUUACUGGUAAUCCAUUUGAAUCCAGGAUCAAAAAGUUGCUAGAGAACUUUGAAUUUCUUUCAGCAAAGCAAGAAGAAACGCUAAACGUGGGAAGCAAUGAAGGUCACUUUCGUGGGAAUCGCUCAAAAAGACCGCCCCCCACACCUUUGUUGGAUCCAUCUAGCAGCAUAUAUGGUAGAGAUGGGCAAAAGGAGCAAGUAAUCAACUUUUUACUUUCAGACCAUGUCAGUGGUGGCGAUGAUGGAGUUCCCGUAAUUAGCAUAGUGGGUAUCGGUGGAAUGGGUAAGACAACCCUUGCUCAGCUUGUGUACAAUGACCAAAGGAUGAAGGAGCAGUUUGAAUCUAGUAGAGCAUGGGUCCAUGUUUCGGAUUAUUCUAAUGUUGCUAGACUUACAAAAGCAAUUCUUGAGUCGUUUAAGUUUUCAACAGAUGCUGGAGGAGAAGACUUUAUACCACUCCAAGGUGAAUUGGCGAAGAGGGUAACUGGCAAGAAAUAUUUGCUUGUUCUAGAUGAUGUCUGGAAUAUUGAUGAGGAAAGUUGGGUGGCCCUAAGUGCUGCCCUUAGCUAUGGAUCUCCUGGAAGUAGAAUUCUUGUCACUACACGUGAUAAGAAGGUAGCAUCAGUCAUGAAUUCCACCCAACUACUUCCUUUAAAGGAAUUGAAGGAAAAUGAUUGCUGGAGUUUAUUUGUGAGACGUGCUUUUGGGAACAAGGAUGUAAGUGAAUGUCGAGAUCUUGAAUCAAUUGGCAGGAAAAUUGUAGAGAAGUGUGGAGGGUUGCCUUUGGCUAUAAGUGUAUUGGGAAAACUCUUGAGAAGAAAUCUCUCCGAACCUUUUUGGAAUGAGAUACUGGAGACUGAUAUGUGGAUUUUAUCGGAUAAAAAUAACAUUAAUCCGGUACUGAGAUUGAGUUACCAUGUCCUUCCAUCCAAUCUGAAGCGUUGUUUUGCUUAUUGUUCCUUGUUUCCCAAAGGUUACAGGUUCGUAAAGGAAGAGUUAAUCAAGCUUUGGAUGGCAGAAGGUUUGCUGAAAUGCAACCGAACAGAUGAAAGCGAAGAAAAGUUGGGUAAUAAAUUCUUCAAUGGACUAGAGUCAAUUUCAUUUUUCCAACAAUCAGGAGGUAGAGAUGAUUGUUUCGUCAUGCAUGAUCUUGUCAAUGAUUUAGCAAAAUCGGUGGCAGGGGAAUUUUGUUUAAGAAUCGAGGGUGAUAAGGUGCAAGAUGUCCCUGAGAAGACACGUCAUAUUUGGUUGUGCUAUGAUAAGGUGCAAGAUGUCCCUGAAAAGACACGUCAUAUUCUCAAGUGUAAGGGGCUACGCAGUCUGAUGAUGACAAGAACAAGGAUAGGAGGUGAUGAAGGCUUCAAGAUAUGCAACGAUGUACAACAAGCCAUGUUCUCAACACUAAUAUAUUUGCGGGUGUUAUCAUUCAAAGAUUGUGAUCUCUCGGAGCUAGCUGAUGAGAUAGGCAAUUUGAAGCUUUUGCGCUACUUAGACCUUUCUUCCACAGACAUUACAAGGUUACCUGAUUCGAUUUGUAGGUUGUAUAAUUUGCAGACACUGAAAUUGUAUGAUUGUCCAGAGCUGGAAUCGUUUCCUGAGCGAGGUUUGCCUUCCAGCCUGAGCAGCCUCGAAAUAAAGAGAUGCCCCAAACUGAUUGCUUCGAGAGAGGAGUGGGGUUUGUCUAGACUUCAUUCUCUGAAACAAUUCACAGUUAGUGAUGACUUUGAAAACGUGGAGUCCUUCCCGGAGGAGAAUCUUCUGCCACCCAAUAUUAAUAUUCUCUGCUUGGAGAAUUGUUCAAAGCUAAGAAUAAUUAACAAAAGGGGUCUUCUCCACCUCAAAUCUCUCAGAACCUUAUAUAUUUGGGAUUGCCCUUGUGUUGAGUACUUGCCAGAGGAGGAGGGUCUACCCAACUCCCUUUCCGCUUUGUGGAUUAGUGAUUGUCCAUUACUUGAGCAGCGCUAUCAGAAGGAGGGAGGAGAGCAUAGGCAUAAAAUUCGUCACAUCCGUUGUGUGGAAUUUCGCUACUGCUGAAAGAGAUGUUAGGACAUGCAGUGGUGGUGAUCUUGAAGCUCAAGGUUGCUUGACACUCGCUCACUCUGCAAUUGUUUAUGUUUGCAAGCAACAACCUCAACGGUCACUCUGCUAAACUAUCUCUUUCUAUUGAUACAGGUGAACUAUGGAUGGAGUUCUCUAUAUCACUAGAUAUCCAAUUACCAGUAAUUAAUCAUGUUUUUGUGAGCACAGUAAUAGAAAUAUUGGAUUUUUAGUUUAACUAAAAGUGGCUAUUGAACAUUGAGCCUUUAAGCCAACUUUAUAUUGCUGUGUGUGGUUGAUAGCUUUGCUUAGUUCCUCAACGAGGCCACGUUUAAUUUGUAUAGACAAAGGCCUGGCGACUGUUUUUGUAUGCUUAUGUGGUUGUU